GGCUAGCGCGCAGCAGAGCUCGGCAUUGUGGCAGGCGGCGGGCGAGCAAGGGCGCCGAGCUGCUGGGAGCAGCAGGGCGCGGAGAGGAGCGCGCUGUGGACUCGGACUGAGCGGCGCCAGCCGCUGCGAACGCCCCUGAGCGCACUCCACUCGGAUCGCGCAACUUCGCAGGCAGGGCGCGCGGAGCCCAGGGAGCGCUCGGAGCCCCGGGAGCGCAGAGCCGGGCGCGCCGGAGCCUGAACCCGGAGCGGGCACCCGGCACCCAGCUCGCUCCGAGCCCCCGGCGGCCUCUCGGCGCAGCGUGGCUGCCGCUGCCCCCACGGAGGACACGGGCUGGCGCGGCCGGGUGCCGGGGAGGAGGCGGCGGCGGCGGAGACGGCGGCGACGAGGCUGGGGCCAGGGACAGAGCCCCGGGGGAGAGGCGCCCGAGCCGGGCUGCGGGAGCAUGUGGGCCGGGAGCGGAGCGCGGGCUGCGCUGCUGCUGGCGCUGCUGCUCUGCUGGGACCCGACGCUGAGCCAAGCAGGCACUGAUGCAGGUGGCCAGGCGCUCCCAGACUCCUUCCCUUCAGCACCUGCAGAGCCGCUGCCCCACUUCCUGCAGGAGCCGCAGGAUGCCUACAUCGUGAAGAACAAGCCCGUGGAGCUGAGCUGUCGUGCCUUUCCCGCCACACAGAUCUACUUCAAGUGCAACAGCGAGUGGGUCAGCCAGAAUGACCAUGUCACACAGGAAAGUCUGGAUGAGGCCACAGGCCUAAGGGUGAGAGAGGUACAGAUCGAGGUGUCACGGCAGCAAGUAGAAGAGCUCUUUGGACUGGAGGACUACUGGUGCCAGUGUGUGGCCUGGAGUUCUUCAGGCACCACCAAGAGUCGCCGAGCCUACGUCCGCAUUGCUUACCUGCGCAAGAACUUCGACCAGGAGCCUCUCAGCAAAGAGGUGCCCUUGGACCAUGAGGUUCUGCUGCAGUGCCGUCCUCCAGAAGGGGUGCCCGUGGCUGAGGUGGAAUGGCUCAAGAAUGAAGAUGUCAUCGACCCCACCCAGGACACCAAUUUCCUACUCACCAUCGACCACAACCUCAUCAUCCGCCAAGCUCGCCUGUUGGACACAGCCAACUACACCUGCGUGGCCAAGAACAUUGUGGCCAAGCGCCGGAGCACCACUGCUACAGUCAUUGUCUAUGUGAAUGGCGGCUGGUCUAGCUGGGCAGAGUGGUCGCCCUGCUCCAACCGCUGCGGCCGAGGCUGGCAGAAACGUACACGGACCUGCACCAACCCAGCCCCACUCAAUGGAGGCGCUUUCUGCGAGGGCCAGGCCUUCCAGAAGACCUGGUGCACCACCUUGUGCCCAGUGGAUGGAGCAUGGACUGAGUGGAGCAAGUGGUCAGCCUGCAGUACCGAGUGUGCGCACUGGCGCAGCCGAGAGUGCAUGGCACCCCCACCCCAGAACGGAGGCCGAGACUGCAGCGGGACGCUGCUUGACUCCAAGAACUGCACCGACGGGCUGUGCGUGCAGAAUAAGAGAACUCUAAACGACCCUAAAAGUCACCUGCUGGAGCCUUCAGGAGACGUGGCACUGUAUGCUGGCCUCGUGGUGGCCAUCUUCGUAGUCUUGGCAGUCCUCAUGGCAGUGGGCGUGGUUCUGUAUCGAAGAAACUGCCGUGACUUUGACACCGACAUUACUGACUCCUCAGCUGCCCUCACUGGUGGCUUCCACCCUGUCAACUUCAAGACCACAAGACCCAGCAACCCACAGCUCCUGCACCCAUCCGCCCCUCCCGACCUGACAGCCAGUGCUGGCAUCUACCGAGGGCCUGUGUUUGCCUUGCAAGACUCAGCCGAUAAGAUCCCGAUGACUAAUUCGCCCCUGCUGGAUCCCCUGCCCAGCCUCAAGAUCAAGGUCUACAGCUCCAACACCACUGGCUCUGGCUCUGGCCUACCUGAUGGAGCUGACCUACUGGGCGUCCUGCCAGCUGGCACGUACCCUGGCAAUUUUUCCCAGGAAACCCACUUCCUACACCUGCGAAGUGCCAGCCUCAGUUCCCAGCAGCUUCUGGGCCAGCCUCGAGACCCCAGCAGCAGCGUCAGCGGCACCUUUGGUUGCCUGGGUGGGAGACUGAGCAUUCCUGGCACAGGAGUCAGCCUGCUGGUGCCCAAUGGAGCCAUUCCUCAGGGCAAGUUCUACGAAAUGUACCUACUUAUCAACAAGGCUGAAAGCACCCUCCCGCUUUCGGAAGGGACCCAGACAGUAUUGAGCCCCUCAGUGACCUGCGGGCCCACGGGCCUCCUUCUGUGCCGCCCCGUCAUCCUCACUGUGCCCCACUGUGCAGAAGUCAUUGCUGGAGACUGGAUAUUCCAGCUCAAGACCCAGGCCCACCAGGGCCACUGGGAGGAGGUGGUGACCCUUGACGAGGAAACCCUGAACACCCCCUGCUACUGCCAGCUGGAGGCCAGGUCCUGCCACAUCCUGUUGGACCAGCUGGGCACUUAUGUGUUCACUGGGGAGUCUUACUCCCACUCUGCAAUCAAGCGGCUCCAGCUGGCCAUUUUUGCCCCAGCCCUCUGCACGUCCCUGGAGUACAGCCUCAGGGUCUACUGUCUAGAGGACACGCCUGUUGCACUAAAGGAGGUGCUAGAGCUGGAGCGAACUCUAGGUGGCUACAUGGUGGAGGAGCCCAAGCCCUUGCUCUUCAAGGACAGUUACCACAACCUGCGCCUUUCCCUCCAUGACAUCCCCCACUCCCACUGGAGGAGCAAGCUGCUGGCCAAGUACCAGGAGAUCCCCUUCUACCACGUCUGGAGUGGCAGCCAGAAGGCCCUGCACUGCACUUUCACCCUGGAGAGGCACAGCUUGGCCUCUACUGAAUUCACCUGCAAGGUCUGCGUGCGACAGGUGGAAGGGGAAGGCCAGAUUUUCCAGCUGCACACCACACUGGCCGAGACGCCUGCUGGCUCCCUGGACGCACUCUGUUCAGCUCCUGGCAAUGCUGUCACCACCCAGCUGGGACCCUACGCCUUUAAGAUCCCACUGUCCAUCCGUCAGAAGAUCUGCAAUAGUCUCGAUGCCCCCAACUCGCGGGGCAACGACUGGCGGUUGUUGGCACAGAAGUUGUCUAUGGACCGGUACCUGAACUACUUUGCCACCAAAGCCAGUCCCACAGGUGUGAUCCUGGAUCUCUGGGAAGCUCGGCAGCAGGACGAUGGGGACCUCAACAGCCUGGCCAGUGCCUUAGAGGAGAUGGGCAAGAGUGAGAUGCUGGUGGCCAUGGCCACUGACGGCGACUGCUAAGUGCCUGUGACCACAGGCCAGCGGGGACCAGUAGAGACAGUGCAAGAAGGCCUGGCUACCUCCCCAUGGGGAUGUCCAGCCUCUGCUGUCCUUGGCUCACAGCUGGAAUGGCCCCUUCCCUCCUCCUCCCUGUUGUAACCCUAAGACCACCACCAGCCUUAGAAAACAAACCUCUGUGCUCUGUUGCUGAGGCCAGGCACCUCUCUGCCACCGCCAUCUCCCUGGCUCACACUGGGGUGGACUGAGGCCUCUGGGGGCAGCUUGGGGCCAGGAGGCCUUCCCCCUUAUACACACUACCCUCAGCCCUGCAACUUUUGGGGCCCACAGGUUUCAGUUCCGUGUUCACAUGGUCCUCAGUUAAGGACCCUUCCCCCAGUCCCUUCCCUCUUUGAAGAGAUGGGUUCAAUUCAGACAAACUGCUUUCUACUGUCCACAAGCAAAAACAAAAACACAAAAACACCCAAAAGGGUAAAGAAGGAAAAAAGAAAGAGUUUGGCAUGCCAGCAAGGCUCAGGUGGAAAGAGCACACACACAAACCACAAGGGAAAAGAAAAAACCAGUUUCUUAGGAAACGCAAAUGAUUUAUUAUCCAGGUAUUUGGAUAGGUCCUUUUUAAGAAAAAAAAAAAAAAAAAAAAAAAAAAAAAAAAAAA